GAUUUACUCCACUGGGACUUUGCCUAACAUAGAACGGCACUUUGAGUCCUGUAUCGCGAUGGGUCUGGCCCCUCGCUUGGUGGCUCUGACAGACCGGGCGAUUCUGCGGGUUGCAGGCGAGGGCAGUGACCGCUUUUUGCAAGGUCUUUGCACCCAGGACGUGCAGCGACUCAGCGUCUCGGGUCCUUCGGUGCUGCCGGCGGCUUUUCUGUCGCCCAAGGGCAAGGUGCUAUGCGAUGCCAUGGUGAAGCGACAGGAUACCAACGAAUACUUGGUGGACUGCCAUUCUUCAGUCAGUGCUUCCUUGCGCCGGCUGCUGAUACGGCACCGUUUGCGAGAGCCUCUCACCAUUGAUGAUGUUUCAAAAGGCUACCAGUCGCUUGCGCUGCUGCCUGGGCAAGCCUUUACAGAUGAGUCAGGCACCCAAAGUGCCGAGAUGGACUCUUCAGAUUAUUUUGCAGAUCCACGCUUUGAAGGGCUGGGGCACCGUGCAAUUCUGCCUGCAUCGCACCCGACAUCUCCAAGUGCGAGCUUGUCCGACUACCAUUUCUGGCGAGUUUGCUGUGGUGUUCCUGAGGGUCCGGGAGACUUGAAGAUCGACGAGGUCAUGCCUUUGCACGGGAAUCUAGACUUGUUGAACUUCGUCUCCUUUUCCAAAGGCUGCUACGUUGGCCAGGAACUGCUUACUCGAACCAAGCAUCGAGGUGCAGUGCGUCGCCGGAUUUUCACCGUUGUGGCCAUGGAUGGCAGUGACACUGCACUUGGCAGGAAACUUCAAGAGAAAGUGCAGAGCCUGCCGCGAAGUACUCCAUUGACCGCGGAGCUCAUCCAUCCACUUCCAAGACCCCUUCAAGGGGAAGAGAAGGACAUGGCAAUUUUCAGCCACUCAGGCUCAUCUGACCCGAAACAAGUAGGGACACUCCAAACGUGGUCUCACAAUAUGGCACUAUGCAUGCUCAGAUGCGAAGGGGCAUUCAACGAAGCUUCCAGCUUCGAGAAUUCGCCCUUGCCGAAUGGUGUCGAAAUCCUUUCGGCCUCCAGAGAUUUGCGAUUUCUCGUUCGCGCUCCUCCUUAUGUUUUCUCGUAGUGAGUCGUAGUGUCGCCAUACCCGUUCGGCAGCUCACCUGUCAGCGUGAGGCCGAAGCCCCAGACGAGUCAA